GAUUCGAGUACGCUUCGACUACUCUAAAGAGGCAUUAUUUUAUGGCAUAAUAUUUUGUCCUGCUGCCUGCAUUGAGCGACGAUCGAAACUUUUUUGUUUUAACGCAAGCUGGAGUCUGGACAUGUCAAAGAUGACGAUGAUGGUGGUAUCAUCUUCGGUCUAACGUUUAAUUGGGAAAGUAUCGCAUGAUCGAAUGCGAAGCAAAUCGCGUGCGCCUUAACGAAUUACUGUGAAUUAUUACUAAUUGACAUGAGCCGUUCAAAUAGCUACAACAUGGUAUCUCGCAGGUGGUUCCAUCCCAAUAUUACAGGUUUAGAGGCAGAGCGUUUAUUAAUGGAACGAGGAGUUGACAGUUCAUUUUUAGCACGACCAAGUUCCUCAAAUCCUGGUGAUUUUACAUUAUCUGUCAGACGAAAUGGUGAAGUUACUCAUAUUAAAAUAAAAAAUGCAGGAGAUUUCUAUGAUCUUUAUGGUGGUGAAAAAUUUGCCACUCUUUCUGAAUUGGUACAGUUUUAUAUGGAAAAUGGUGGACAGUUACGUGAGAAAAAUGGAGAAAUUAUUGAGCUUAGAUUUCCUCUCAAUUGUGCUGAUCCUACAACUGAAAGGUGGUUCCACGGCCAUUUAUCAGCGAAAGAAGCAGAACGGUUAAUGUUGGAACGUGGGAAAAAUGGAUCUUUUUUAGUACGCGAGUCUCAAAGUAAACCAGGCGAUUUUGUGCUAUCAGUACGCACUGACGAUCGUGUUACGCACGUUAUGAUACGAUCUCAGGUUAGACUAUAUAUAUUUAAUAUUUUAUAA